AUGCUCGACAUCUCCGAUGAGCAGAGCGCGCUGCAAAUAAAAUUCCUAAAGGCGCUUGACCUGUUCUGCAUUUUUAAGUUUAUCAUCACCAAUGAUGUAAAGAUACACGAAAGGGAGACGUACGACCUGCUGAGAAGCAUCCUCAACUCAUAUUCGCUCAUCAGCAUCAAAAAUCCGUCUAAGGAAAUAUUUUCCGAAGCGGAAAAGAUAUACAAGAAGUACUUUUACAGCAAUGGGGAGGAGACGAGCACUUCUGCCUCUGCGGGUUGUGAAGCGGAACCCGUGCCAGACUCAGAGCAGGCUCAGCGAAAUGGCCCUACUUCCCUGAACAACAACACUAACAAACAAAUAUUUCAAUUUUUCAAAUUCCCCAAAAGCAAAAAAGUGGGAGACUACGUGAACAAGUGUUGCGUGGAUGAACUCAUAAACGAGCCAUUAAAUAUAAAUGUAGGUUUCGUCAAAUUUGACAAAAAAAAAAGACGAAAAAAAAAAAGGAAGAGACCAAAAAAAGGGACAGUUCACAUCCCUACAAACUUGUGUAAAUAUAGCAGCGACUCAGGGAUACAUAAUUCUCGCCUCAAGAAUUCUUGUAGUUGUUUCUACGGAUCAAAGGAAAACCCUAAAAUUUUUACAAAUGAUUUUAAAAAAGUGAUCAAUGAAGCGGACCUAUCCGUUUCUGAUUCUUCCGAACUAUUUUCCAACUUGAGAAAGCCAUUCGUUAAAGUUCCUUCCACCAGCUACUUCGGCUUGGACAACCCCAACUGCAGCAACUCUGAGGAUGAAUCCGAUUAUAACUACUACAGUGAGAAUACCAAUAGGGACGACGUGGGCAAGGAGCCCCACAAGAGCAGAAACGUCAAGCUGCGGAAUCAGUACCUCUCGGUCAAGCUCUCCCUGUACAACUCGCGCCUCUGCAAUAGCGGCGGGAAGGCCGCCCCGGGGGGUGCAACGGAGAGGGGCGUCUCCAACACGGACAACGCCGUUAAGCUCUCGAACCACGCGAGCUACGCGAACUGCGCGAACUACGAUAGCCACGCUAACAGCGCAAACGGUGCAAUACACGCCAACGGUGCAAUCCACGUCAGCGGCGCAAUCCAUGCAAACGGCGCAAUCCACGCCAGCGGCGCAAUCCAUGCAAACGGCCCAAUCCAUCCAAACGGCCCAAUCCACGCCAACGGUGCAAACCACUUUUACGACCAAACCUCCAUGUGCUUCAACCACUUCUACGAAAUACACAACAUCCUCAACCGAGACCCCAACGGACUGCGCAAAAUAAAAAUUAUGCUAAAAAAGGACAUCGGAACCAUCAGCAUAUCCCCAUUCUACGUAAACUUCGACUGCACCAAAAUUUUUAAAAAAGUCUGUAGAGCUUUUAAUUUCACAAAUUUUGAUUACAAGAAUAAAGGAGUCUACCAAAUUAUAAACUCCUGUUUCAGUACAGCAAAAUCGAGAGAAAUUUUAAAAAAUAUUUUUCUGGACGACCUUUAUGAGCAGCAAGAAAUAUUUGAUAGCGAAAUGAAUGGCAAAAAGAAUGUCAGGAAAAAGAAUUUAUUCAAGUUGAGGAAUAAAGAGCAUGUUUUAGAAAUGCUGGACGAUGAGAAAAGGAUUAACGUAUUGUAUUUUAUUAAUCGCUUUUUGUAUUCGCAGAAGACGCCGCUCUCCAAUUUGUUUACAAGUCAUUGCCUGGAGGGCGGCGGCAAGCGCGGGGGGAACGGGCUCUCGGAGAGGUCAAGGCGGUCGAAUGAGUCGGCCCAGCCGCUCCCGCCGCUCUCACCGCUCCCAUCGCAUCAGCAGGAACCAUCGCCCCCCCCCUCCUGCGCGCCCGAAGACGACCCCCCCUUCGACGAGCUCACCAUCGAUUACCUACUCUUCCUAAUGAUCUUCGAAAAAAAAAUUGACGAGAAAUUUCACAAAUACCUGAUGCGUAAAAUUGACUCAUGCAGAGACUACUUGCCAGCAGAGGGGCAAGAUAAGACCGCCCCAGAUGCCACCCAUUUCUCCGCCGCCACCACAUCGUCCUUCGAUUCGCAACCGAACGGCAGUGCCUCUCACCACAAGGUCCGUAAGAUAGAACGUAGUUCCUUCCACCAGCAUGUGCAGGUAGAAAAGAAGCCGGUGAAUGAUACUGAUUUAUCUGAUACUACGCAAAGUCGCCUUGAGGAGUUUAAACAGGGAGAAACUUCUUUCAGAAGAGUGGGGGUAAAUCCCAUUGUUCAUGACGGUGACCUUGGGGGAGGGGACAAAAUGGAAACCGCUUUACCUUCGGAGGGGAGGUACCCCUCAUCCAGCGCCAACGGGGAGUUAACUUCCAUAGGCUCGUUUACGUCCCUCACGUCAUUCACGUCCGUCACUACACAGGCAACCAUAACGACGCAGGAUAGUAUCUCCACGCAGACUGCCACCUUAACGAACGCUACUAUCUGUCGACAGGCCACCCCUGCGUCGGACAACGCCAACAACACAUGCAACAUGAGCAGUUGGGUGACUCCCCCCACAGCAUGCAUUGCUAACAACGUAACGCCAAAUGGGAUGUCCCAAAUCAAUACACACGCUACAAAUGGAAUCCAAGAAGAAACCGUAACUUGCCCACCCCAAAAAAACGUAGCAUAUAUCCAAUCGAAGUGGAACGAAUGCCAAAACAAAACAGAACUUGUAAAAAAAACGAAUGAUGAAAUGAGUGAUUGCACGAGGAGCACCACGACGGAUGGCUACGAAGAAAUGGAAAACGGGAUCGAAAAGGAUGAACAGAAUUAUUACCAACAAUUAAAAAAAACAGAUAUUCCAUCGGAUAUAAAAUCGAAAUAUAAGAGCAAAGCAAAAUACAAAUCGGAAAUUCAAAACGAAUUAAUCCUUCUCAAAUGUAUAAGACCCUUCCCAACAGUGUACUGGUUAAUCAAUAAAAAUAUGUGUGGUUAUAUUUCCCACUUGGAAAAAAUGAAUAUAAUAAAAAAUAUAGAGUAUUUCGUAAAUUGCAACAAGGAAGAAUUCCGCUUGCUCAGAUAUUAUCUCAUCUAUGACCAUUUGAAAUAUAUAACCAUUCGUUUGAGACAUAUCCACAAGAAAAUCUUACGUUUCUUUUACAAUUUAUUUUUAAAUAGUCUAAAUUUUAAGAAACAGUUCACAUCGGAUCAGAGCAACCAUUGUGUAUCUUCCAUUUACACAAAUUCUUUUUACUUCUCUCCUCAUGUUUUAACCGAAUUUAUACAUACCUAUCAGAUUGACUCUCAAGUUAUUACAGAAAUUCUUCGGAAAAUUAACACUCUCCGGGUUAAAGGAAUUGGAGGCAUUUCAAACUUCUUAACAGUUAAGUGUAUACAUCUUUAUUUUGCUUCUCAUUUGUCUUAUCCUAAUACCAUUGGAUAUAUUCUGGAGGAGUUUUUCAAGUCCUGA